AUGCCGCUAUACGACGAUGAUGACUCGCCUCCUCACGGAAAAGCUGCUUUCGAUCAAGCUCAAGUUCUUUCAGGUUCCGCUGAUAUAACAAUGAAGUUUCUGCAAGCUCAGAUAGCGCAGAAGAGGGUACAAAUACAGCAAGGCAUGCAAAGAACGAGUGUAGCACCAGUUGUGGACUUAUCUGCACGCAACAGAACUCCCAUCAAUAUGCGCCGAAUCCAGCCCGUUCGUGCUCUGCCGAUAACAGACUGCGCUCCUCCGUCAUUCCUCCCUAAAGGAGCAGUCGAUGACAGUGUUAACCUAUUUGGAGAGUACGUUGUGAAGAAUGAGUAUCAGCCUGCGGUUCCCAACGAGUACGUCACAUGCAAACGGAAAGUGGAGGAAAGAGAGGCCCGCGAACGACAUGCUAGGGAGGUGGCGGAGAGGCUGAGCCGCGAUCACAGGGAAGAAGCAAGAAAAAGGCAGAAAGGAGCUGCCAUCGCUCCGCCGCAAGCGCUCCUGGAGCCGCCUUCCCCUCCGAAAGAAUCGAGUUCUCCGUCUAAUCCGUCCAAUCCUAUGCCACCUCCAGCAUUCUUGCCUUCAUUUGGUAAGGCGACUUCCAAAGGACUUGGUGUCGCCGCCAACAUAAUGAGCAAGUUUGGCUAUAAACAUGGUGCUGGACUUGGCCGUGAUGAGCAGGGGAUGAGCACUGCUCUUUCUGUUGAAAAACUUGGGAAGAAUGCAGGACUCAUCAUCAACGAGAGCCAAGGUACUGUAUAUCUAUUCCCUAUCUUUUUUUCUUGGCAUUACGUCAUCGCUGCAGGAAAUACUGCAUCUCAACCGUCUCAACCGUGUGCUCCAAUGGGUGUAGCACCUAUCAACAUGACUCAGGCAAUGAAAAGCUCCACAAAAGUGUUAAUGCUGACUAAUAUGGUUGGCCCAGACGAAGUGGACGACGAGCUUGAGCCGGAAAUUCGCGAAGAGAUGGCCAAGUAUGGUCAGGUGGCGUCCGUGGUUAUCCAUAAGAUGGAGGGUGUAAGUGAUGACAACGCCGUUCGAAUUUUCGUUGAGUUCACGAAUAUUGCGCAAGCUAUCAAAGCUUUCGUGGUAAUGAAUGGUCGGUUUUUCGGAGGUCGAUCAGUUGCCGCUUCAUUUUAUUCUGUUGAUGAUUUCAAUAGUAAAGAAUACGGGCGAUAG